AUGUCGAAUUCAGGAUCCAUCGUAGCAUUGGCAACAGACAAGGACGAGCUCUACGAGGCCCAUAUCGACACCAGUCAAGUCGACGAGAGUCGACUACUUCGUAAGAUCGACAUCCGAGUCGUACCUUGGUUGGGCCUCCUCUAUUUUCUCAACUUUUUAGAUCGGGGAAGCAUAGGAAAUGCGAAGUUAUACCACAUGGAGACCGACUUGGGCAUUACAGACAAGCAAUACCUCAUUGCGCUUACUGCCUUCUUCUUUCCAUACGCGUUGCUCGAGCCUGCGAGCAAUGUUAUCCUCAGAAGGGUUCGACCCUCGAUGUGGCUUUCUUCGAUGAUGUUCGUCUGGGGAAUUGUUAUGAUGUGCCACGGAUUUAUACACAACUACGGAGGGCUCGUCACCUUGCGAGUACUGCUUGGAGUGGCAGAGGCUGGUUUAUAUCCCGGAAUUGUAUUUUAUAUCUCCUGCUGGUACAAGCGGUCUGAGCUUGGUACACGGGUAGCAGCAUUCUUUACUUCUGCAACUAUAGCGGGAGCAUUUAGCGGUCUCCUGGCUGCAGCUAUAUCCAACAUGAAUGGUGUGGCAGGGAAGCCUGGCUGGUCUUGGAUUUUCAUACUCGAAGGACUCCUCACCGUAUUGUGUGCGGUUGCUUCAUAUUGGGUGAUCUCGAAUUUCCCUGAGACAGCCGGAUUUCUGACCAAAGAAGAGAGGGUUUUCGUCAUUAGACGUUUGAGGGACGACAUGCAGUUCAGCGCUGGCGGCGAGGAAUUCAAAGCCCGAUAUAUCUGGCAAAGCCUCAGGGACUGGAAAACCUACUUGGCUAUGGGCAUAUAUAUGGGAUUCGAUGGACCAUUAUUCGCAUUUUCCUUAUUCACCCCAACAAUCAUCAACGAAGUUCUGUUUGACCAGUCCCCAGGUUACACAGCAACAACAGCGAAUCUGCUUUCCGUGCCCGUAUACAUCUGGUCAUGUAUAGUGACCGUGAUCGUCGGUUUUGUUGGUGACCGCCUUGGGCGGAGGGGAUACAUCAAUUUGUGCGCAACAUCAUAUAUGUUUGAAUUUCGAGCUAUAGAUCUUCCAGGUCUGGUUGGUUAUAUCAUACUCAUCACAUCCAGAACUCCAGGACUAUCUUAUUUCGCAUGCUUCCUAGCUUCAUCAGCAUGGGUGGCAAGUAAUGUUGAAGGCUCCUAUAAACGAGGUGUUACACUAGCCAUGGCCAUCGGGUGGGGAAAUUUGAACGGAGCUGUUUCCUCGAACGUUUAUCGUGCUCGGGAUGCACCUUGGUACAGGCUCGGUCAUGGCAUCAUCCUCGCCUACAUUGCAAUUGGCUGGUUAUCCUCAGCCGCAUUCAUGAUCCUGUUGCGCAGGGAGAACGAGCGAAGAGACAGAGGAGAGCGCGAUGAGGUAAUUAACAGCGACAACUCUGGGGAGGAAAUGAACGAGAUGGCAUUGAAGAAUGGGCGUUUCGAGACAGUCAACGAUGCACGACGCGAGAAGGGUGAUGAGUGGAGUCAAUUCCGAUAUACCCUUUAG